UACUGGACCUUUAAUGCAGCUGCAGCUCUUCAUUCAGAUGCUGAGUGGAGCAGCGGACGACGAGGAGGGGACGCGUUUCUAGGAAAGACCAGACCACAGCUCUUUCUCUAAUCACAUUUUUUUAAAAGCUCUCUUUGAUCUAGCCUAACCAGUGGAAUUCCCCGAGUUGCAUAUAGCAUUUAGCUGGGGAAGUGCUGUCUUGAAUGCAGACUGAGUGGAUUGCGGCAAUCAAAGCGUCCUGAGCGAGCGGAGCUCAGCAGCAGCAUCUCAUUGUAUGAAAUGCGUCACCGUGAUCCUGUUCUCCCAUUUACACACAUCGGCUCUCCACUCACGGACUGUGCCCCGCACUGACAAUUUCAUCAGGUAACCACAUGCGCGGGCCGGUGUCACCGCGCUGAGCCCGGAGAGCACGAAGGGUACUGGGGUCAGAGAGACAAGAGUGGUCGGGAAAGGUGGACCGGGAUGCCAGCCAGAAGCUCUGAGGCCUCGGGACUGUCGGUGCCCCUGCACCGCUGUCACGGGGGUUUCCACGAGGCCAAUAACGGCACCUGCGCGGAGCACCUCAGCUUUUUUCCGCCGUUCUCCUCCACCCUCGCGCUCCUAGUGCUGGUGGCCGUGCUCGUUGGGAUCAUCCUCGUUUCCCUGGCAACGUUCCACUUCCACAAGAGGAAGCUUCGGAACAGGAAGAUCCAACGCGCGCAAGAGGAAUACGAGCGCGACAGUCGCAGCCCCGCGCGCGGCGCAGGGGCGAGCGGGGAGCCCGCGAGGCCGUGCGUCAUCGUCCGUCCGGUGAGAUGUGAUGUGGAGAGGCUCUCGUGCCAGAGCGCGGAGAGCGCGGAGAGCGCGGAGAGCGCGGACGCCAGCGAAGCGGCGGAGGGCGAACCGGCGCGGCACGACACAGUUGCUCUUGACUGUUAAUUUAGUGCAACUUCAGGGAAUGAGACUGUGGAAUAAACAGGAAAAGCAAUAAGGCACAAAGAACCCCCCCCCCCACACCCAUCUCUGCUGCUUGUAGAUGACUUAGAAACAGCAAUGCAGAAUACUGAGUAGAAUAGUCAGCCUAGUACAGUGGCGUAAAGGAUAGCUAUGUGGCCACACACUUUCCUGAUAACUACACUAGUAUUUAGCCAACCGGUUGGCUACUUCCUUAUGGGACUGUGUAAAGUAUUUGCCUGCUUUGACUUUUGGACCUCUUCCUCUUCCUCAGCCUAAAACGUUGUUUAAACCUCAAAGAUGUUUAAACUUUAAAUCCUCCCUGGGAUGUGACACACGGUCAUGUUAAAUUAUUAAGAGUUUGGUGACACAACAUAGACCAUAAUGGCUCUCUGAUCUUCCUUGGCAUGUCUCUCUGACACACUAGCAGUAUGUAGUUAGACUAUAAUGGAUGUUGUGGUGCUGUUAGGCAGUGCAAAGCUGCAUAUAGGCUGUAGAAAAUGGCUUAUUUGUUUGCGUAGUAUUUCUUCCUUCAAUUAAGUGACUUAGCAUAUUUGCCUAAAGUACAGGACUGUCCUCCAAUGUCUGUUAGGCAUCUGUAGGUAGCUCUUAGCCUGACAGGAUGCAAGACGUAUUGCUGUAGUGAGUAAUGCACAUAAGAUUUUUCUUUAAAUGUGUCAGAUCGUAGGUUUUAGCGCUAAUACAGUAUUUUCAGUUUUGAGUAUUUAUAAUGUAUUCUCUGACAUGUAAUAAACUGAGAAUCUAACAGAGGGUUUAAGUUCAAGCCCGUCUUUUUUUUUUAUCCUUCAUAUUGUAUAGUGGGCCUAACAGAAAUUCUGUGUCAUUUAUUACAUGAAUUCACUGUAAAUGUAUGCCAUUAAUGAGAGCUGGAAUGUUUUACGGUAACAUCAUCUUUCUGGAGUUCAUAUAACCUGCCUUAUCAAAGGAAAAUAUGUAAUAUUCUAAGUUUAUAAAUAAAUUAUGUUAUGUUAACCCUU